CACGCCCUCUCCCUCGUCCAAGACGGCCACGGCGACGACGACGCUCCAGAGGACGGCUUCCGCGCCUGCCUUGUGCUUGCCCCGCGUAUCUCGGCGACCCUCGCGCACCCGCACUCGGUAACCGACGUUGGAGUCCCUGGUUGACCACCCCUCUUGGCUGCUCCGGCUCAGCGCCCGAGAUUCGAUGCCGACCGUUCCCUCUACAUGUGUUCAUCUUGACUUUCAGUCGAUCCCGGAGGUCGCUGCACUCACCGAGGCGAACCUCCUCAGCCCCAGCGAGCGCACCGCGGGUCCGACGCCCGAUCCCGACCUGGACGACAUGAUUCUCGUUCCGGUCGAUCAGGGGAACGUAGUCUCGCAGCACUCCAUCUCGCUUCCGCCGUCCCAGGCAUCCGCGUCGGCGUCCACCGGCAAGCCGCGCAUCGACCUGGGCAGCCUGAACCUGCACUCGCCCUCCUCAAUCGUCGGGACACCGUUCGACAUCUCCCCCCGCUUCGAGUACCCCUUCCCGCCCGCCUCGCGGUCCCCGCCCUUCCCGCCGUCGAUAUACGACUUCGACCCGGGCGUACCGUCCUUCCCGGGGCUCGCCGCGCACCCCAUCGCCCUGCCGCUCAUCCCCAUGGCCGUGCCCAUGCCCCCGCUCGCCGUGCACCCCGGCAAGGCCCGCGGCGAGACGCGCAGCUUCUCCCCAACACACCUCAAACUGCAGGCGCGCGAUCCCCCUGUCCCGCCGAGCCUCGUCAAGAAGCGGAAGCUCACAAAGCCUGCUCCGUGCUCGGAAGCCGCCCUCGCCUCGAAACACCCUCCGACCAGGCGCCCGCGGGCUGGGAGCCUGAGCGACCUGCCCGAGCACCUCCGGCAAGCGCACGCGCGCGGGCGCGUGGACAGCGUGUUCGACGCGGACAGGGACCGCUCGCACUCGCUCGACGUGGCUCGGAAGCGCGCGCCGCUGGAGCGCGUGCGGAGCGACACCACCGUCGUGGAUCCCAGCGUCGGCUUCUUCGACGCGAAGCCCCCACUGCUGCACGCGUCCUCGUCCGAGACGCUGCUGUCCGACUCGGAGCAUGCGGAGAAGCUGGUCGAGUCGCCGCGUUCGGCGUCGCCAGUGUCGGAUGCGCCUGAGGAGGCGCUGGAGAACUCGAUCGCGCCCUCCUCUACGCUUCGUUCCUCGGAACCGUCUCCUCAAUGACAACUCGCCCCCCUUCGACGUCUUCGCGCUCCCGGUUUCGCUCGGCUGCGGUCACGGCCACAUACACGCGCCGCCUCCGUUGCCCGGGCAUAUUUAUCGUAAAAAUCCGCUUUUGGUGUCUGAUGACCCUCGCGUUGCCUUUCGCCGCCGACCUCCUUCUUGGCACCCUCCGUCCCCCAGGUCGCACCGCGGUUCUAGCAAUGGACCGUAAAGCUGCAUGGGGUGGUUGGGAGGCCAUGCAGAGUGGGCCAGGGGUUUCUCGGCUUCCGUUGUCACCGCUGCACGCAGGCAAGCCUCGUGCGGCCGUGGUCGACGACGUGUCGCGCGCCGCGGUCUUCGUCAUCUUUUUCCGGUCCCCGUUGUUUCGCGUAUUUCUAUGCUGGUCGUUCAGGUAAUCCGGUCUCUCUCGCCGAUUUUUGGUCACGUCUCCCGCUCCGGUCCCCCUCCAUGUGUAUCCAUUCAAGCAUACCCCCCUCACGUCCUCAUCCUCAUCCUCGCCCUCGUCCCACCUCCCACUCCCCAUCCCUUGUCCGUCCGCCCACUCACUCUUUGCAUCAUCCACUCGCUCUCGUCGCUCUCCAUCCACCCACCCCAUGCGUUCCCUCCUCCCAUCAC